AUGUCCAAGCCGCGUUCCUUCAAGUCAUCUGCGCCAAGGCGAGCAGAUGCGCUUCCUCCGGGUUACAAGGAAGACCUCAGUGCAGGCCCAAUGCUCCGCUACGAGGUUUCACUGCCGCACUUGCCUGUCCCUACACUUUCCUCCACGACUGCAAAGUACCUCGAGACAGUCCAGCCCCAUCUUACGCCUGCGCAGUACUCUGCGACCCGGUCUGCGGUAAAGACGUUCGCGGAAUCAGCCCUGGCCAAGGAGCUGCAGGCGCGUCUUGAAGCGCGUGCGGCGGACCCCAAUGUGCGGAAUUGGCUGUCGGAAUGGUGGAACGACAUCGCAUACAUGGGCUACCGUGAUCCGGUGGUGGUGUACGUGAGCUACUUCUACGUGCAUGUAGAUGACAAGCGCGCGCCGGGUCAAGCGAGGCGGGCAGCACAAUUGCUCAAAGCGAUGUUACCGUUCAGGGAUCUGGUCGAGAGUAAACAGCUGGAACCUGAUAAAGUGCGCAGCAUGCCGCUUUCCAUGGAGUCAUAUAAAUGGCUAUUCCACUCCUCUCGAUACCCCGUCAAGCCCUCCGACACGGCACGCAAGUUCGACCCGACGACGAACAACCAUGUAGUGUUUGUGCGGAAAAACAAGUUCUUCAAGGUCCCGCUUGCGGAUAAGGGCGGCCGUGAGCUCUCCGCGGCUGAACUCGAGGCGCAGAUCGAGAAGAUCAUCUCUAUGGCGGGUAGUGAGAAGGCUGUCCCCAUCGGUGCGUUAACCAGCGAGAACCGGGACAAUUGGGCCGACGCCCGUGCUGCCCUUUUGGCCGCAUCGCCAUCAAAUGCGGUCUCGCUCGAGGCGAUCGAAUCUGCGAUGCUGAUUGUCUGUCUCGAUGACUCUGCAGCUAUCACACGCGAUGAAGCGAGUUGGGGCUGCUGGGUAGGCGACGGCAGGAACCGCUUCUACGACAAGCACCAACUUAUCGUUUUCGAGAACGGCAAGUCUGGUUUCCUCGGUGAACACUCAUGCAUGGAUGGCACUCCGACGCUGCGUUUGAACGAGUUCAUACUCGCAUCACUUGCUGCUGGAAAGAUCGACUUGGGUCCUGAUCGCACAGCGGAGACUGGCAGAGACCUGGAGGCUCCCGCUGAACUGUCGUUUGUCGUGAACGCUAAGGCGCGGCAGUAUGUUCAGCAGGCGGAAUCUGCGUUCGAUGAGCUCGUUGGCAAGCACAAUCUCCACGUCCUGCACUACGAGGGCUACGGCAAAAAUCAAAUAAAGAAGUACAAAGCUUCUCCCGACGCGUGGGCGCAGCUUGUCAAGCAACUCGCCUUCCACAAGAUGUUCAACAGGCCCGGAGUCUGUUACGAGAGUUGCCAGACGCGCAAGUUCCAGCUCGGACGCACGGAGGUUAUUCGAAGCGCAAGCAACGAGAGCAAGGCGUGGGCGGAGUCUAUGCUCAAUCCGGCAGAAUCGGACGAACACCGUGCGAUCCUCUUCCGCAGGGCGGUGGCUCGACACCUGCAGUACGCCGCAUGGGCUGCCGAUGGCCAAGGGUUGGAUCGCCACUUGUUCGGCUUGAAGAUGAUGCUUCGGGAAGGCGAACCUGUCCCGCCUAUAUACACGGAUGAGGCAUUCUCGAAGACCAACCACUGGGAGCUGUCGACCUCGAAUUUGUCUUCGCCGUUCUUGGACGGAUGGGGCUAUGGCGAAGUCGUUCCGGAUGGCUACGGCUUGUCCUAUUCGAUUGGAGAUGAUUACAUCCGAUGGACCAUCACGAGCUUGAAGCGGAGGACGGCAGAGCUGAAACGUUACCUCGCGGAGGCUGCGACAGAGACACGGCAGAUGAUGGACAGAGCUGCUGUUGCGGAGGCGAAGAAAAAGGAGGGCGAAGUCAAGGCGAAAUUGUAA